AAAUUGCCGACUUCCUCCCUCCUGCAUCAGCAGCAUCGUUUUCUCUUUCUUGUCGAUACAUCCACCUCUCGAUCGGAAGCUCGUACCUCGAAAUCUAGCUACCUCCAAAGAAGACAGGGUAGCCUUUCUAAACGCUUUGGAGCAUGAUCUUCGAGACUUUAUCGCUUGCAAAUCUUGCGGAAAGCUCCAUAGCAUGCAAAAUGCUAAGACUUACGUGGGGAGAUAUUCCUGUUCAGACGAAGAAGCCUAUUGCGUUUGGGAAGGCUUCAAGGCAUUCGUGACAUCGCAUAUCUCCCAAGAUUUCAGCACUACCAUUUUUAAGAUGGCAAUGAAGCGUUGUCUCGAUUUUGGUCAUGAUCGUCAAACCAAGAAGCUUUUGAAGCUUCUGGCAGGAGGAAAGCGCACAUACUCACGGGGUACAAUGCGUGUAACGGAGGAGUCAGAAUGCGACAUCGAGAACGGUUCUCUCAUCGCCGUCCAACACAUAGCUUAUCAUGGCAAGUGUGCAGGGUUUUUCGAGGAGCAUCCACUCGUCUACUGGAUGUGCCCGCAUCUUGAAUGCUAUGUAAAGGAGUUGCCCACUCUAUUCAUAAAAGCAAUGCGAGGUCUCCCACAUGAUGUCAAGUGGUCAACGCCCCUACACCUUGAUGGAAGUACGGGCACAAAGAAGAAAUGGUGGGGUUCUUGCUCGAAAAUCCAGAAGUGCCAAUACUGCCGGACCGUAUAUAAGGCCGCUUAUGAGCACGACGCUGAUUGUAAUAUCGAGUUUACACUAGAUAUCUGUAAAGAUCUUGGGCCGGGCCCUGAAGGCAAGGAAUGGGAAGCGCACGCGACUCAAUGGCGCUUUCCGCUGACUGACCCCUAUUCAAUCACAAGCACCAAAGAAAGGAUAUACGUUCCGAAGUGGACGCUGCAACACAGUGAUUUCGACAUCUAAUGUCUAUCAUAUCUUAAAACAUAUAUAGUAAGAAUAUAGCUAGACUAUAACAGUACUUGCUGCUACAGUAUCGGUAAUGACGGACCUAGGACAUUCCCUUGAAAACUUCG